CGACCCACUCCUGCGCACAGUCUCAUACUUUGCCCUGCUUCGCGAGCGCACACAGAGAGAGGAGAGAGAGCAUAGAGAGAAAACAAGAAGAAGAAGAUGGUGUUGAACCAAAUACUAACGCUAACAAGGAACAUUCCUUUGUGUACCCUCAAAAGCCCACUAACACAUACCCCUCUCGCCUCUUUAUCCUCUGUUCGUCUCUUCUCCUCUCCAACAACACGAUUGGGUUUCAAUCUCCUUCUCAAAAGUUCAAACGAUUACAAUAACCACAACGGCAGCUACGACCAAUUUGUGGGCCCACAGUACCCCAAACCCUCGGAGAUUGAGUGGAAGAAGGAGCUCUGUAACUCCGUGCAACUCAUCGGCAUUGUCGCAACGCCCGUCCAAAUCAAGCACCUCAACUCCGGCAAGGUCCUCGCUUGGUCUAGCCUCGCCGUCAAGAAAUCCGCUACCGACACCUCCUGGAUCAAUUUGACAUUCUGGGACGAGUUGGCUCAUGUUGCUUUUGAACACGUAGAGAAAGGCCAACAAAUAUAUAUUUCUGGCCGGCUGGUUACAGACACAGUUGAAAAUGAUGAUGGGAAGCAACAGACCUACUAUAAGGUAGUUGUUCAGAAACUGAAUUUUGUUGAAAGGAACUUCUCAUCAGCAGUGGCCUUGUAUGAUGGGGAUUCUAAUUCUGUUACACCAGGUAGAACACUAAGCAAAUAUGCUCCAAACAGUACGGGCACAACAGAAGAACUAUGGCAAGCCUUCUUUGCUAAUCCGCUUGAUUGGUGGGAUAAUAGGAACACCAAGAGAAACCCAAAGUACCCAGAUUUCAAGCACAAAGACACCAAGGAAGCAUUGUGGGUUGAAGGUAGGAACAAUCCGCAGUGGGUUAAGUCUCAAUUGGCAAUACUAGAUGCAAAAGUGGAGUCUUUUCAUGCGCAAAUUGGCGAAAUGAACGAAAAAAUGAUGGCUAUUGAUGAUUACGUACCUUUUUAACAGCUUGCAAAGCUGAUUGACAGAAUGGAUGAUAGCAAAUUAGGUACUCUAUUUAGUCUAGUUAUCAUCUAAGAUGCAAGAGAAAUUAUUGCAGAAAAUAUAUGAGAAUCUGAGAGGGGCAUAUAUAGCUUUAAAUGGCUAUUAUGCUAUUGAUUUGGUCAAAAUUUUCAUUGCAAACACAGUUUAGCUGUCUCUGUUUACAACAACAUAUGUAUGGGGAUUCUGCAACCUUCGUUUAUGCAUCCCACAUAUAAUAUCAGCUGUAAAGUCCUAUGCUUAUUCAUAGCAUAAUUAUAUAGGCAAUAGAUUGUUUUGCUCAUU